AGUUUUGUCUUUCAGUUGACGAUUGAUCCGUGAAUUUGCAACAUAAAAUGUUGUAAUACCCACUUUUCUCAGUUCUGAAAGUGAAUACAAUAUUCACGUACAAUUAGUUUAGCUCUGGUGCCCCAUGAGUGAUGGAACAGCCUGGGUACUUUCAUAUUUGAUUAAAAGGCCUUUCUACCCAGAGCAUUUGGUUAUUUACAACAGGGCAUGAUAAUAACCACAAAUAUUAAUUGUAAUGUUGAGUUAGCAAUAUUUUUUCAAUAACUGAUCUAUAUUCCCUGUUAUCCUGUACAUUAGUCCAUCGUUGGUGUAUAAUGCAGGCACCAAUGUUUUUCCAUCAGAUAUCCUUUAAAUGCAGGUAUUGCAAUCACAAAUAUUGUGAAUAAUAUAAACCAUAGUAAAGUGCAUUAUUUAGCAGCAGAGUACAGUAGCCCUGCACUGAACAAUAUGAGCAAAAGAAAGUCAUAUACAGUGCAAGAAAAACUCAAGAUAGUAAAUCGGAUACGAUCUGGUGAAUCACAAGUAAAAGUUAGUCGUGAUUCUGGUAUACCUCAAUCGACAUUACGUGGCUGGUUGAAAGACGAAUUUAAGCUGCGAACCUUCACUAUGACAGUUAGUGAGGCUGUGGGCUUAUCCAGGAAACGAACUCGUCCAGCCAAGGAUGCAUCACUGGACAUUGUAGUCUAUAAUUGGAUCAUGCAACAGAGGUCACAAGGCAUCCCCAUCUCUGGCCCAAUAGUAAAGGCACAGGCUGAGAAGUUCUCCAAGGAACUUAAUGGUGACACAAACUUUGUGGCCAGCCAAGGUUGGCUCCAUCGGUUCAACAAGAGACAUGGAAUUAACCAGGUUAGUUGCUCAACUGCUGAUUCAUCCUACCCACAAGAACUAAAGACCAUACUCGAAGAAGAGGAACUCUGUGAUGAGCAGGUGUACAACGCCAGUGAAAUUGGUCUGUACUACCGGAUGCUGCCUGAACAAACCAAAGUGAAGAAAACGGCUGACCAUGAAAGUGAAGGGUUCAAGAACAGGGUGACCUUUCUAUUUUCUACAAAUAAGCCAGGGACUCACAAAGUUAAGCCCCUUUGCAUUGGCAAGUUACGGUCCCCUCGAUGUUUCCGCCAUGUGAACAUGAAAUCCAUGCCAAUUGACUACAACCACAGUAGAAAUGCCUGGAUGACUACAGACAUCUUCAGAAACUGGUUUUUCAGUUCCUUUGUGCCAAGUGUUCAAUGCCACCUUCGAUCCAAAGGUCUGCCAGAGAAAGCUGUCCUGCUCCUGGACAAUUGCCCUGCCCAUCCUCCAGCUAUCAAUCUACAAUCUUUUGAUGGACAAAUUAAAGUAUUCUAUCUGCCCCAAAAUGCAACCGGCACAAUCCAACCACUUGACCUGGGCAUAAUUGCCACCUUUAAGAGGAUCUAUAGGAGGGAACUUGUGAAGGGGCUUGUGAAUUCUAACUUAGCUGUUAAUGAAUACCUAAAUCAUAUCAAUCUAAAAGAGAUGUUCUACCUGGCAGCAAGAGCAUGGGAUGAGGUGAGUACAACCUGCAUCCAGAGGUGUUGGCUAAAGGGUCUCUGUGAUGCGUUCCCAGAAGAACCAAAUGAUGACAUCAUCGAGGAUGACAUAUUAGUGGGAUUUACAGCAGAGGAAAUCCAGGCAGCCCAGGAGAAGCUAAAGGAUCUUAUAGAAGAGAAUAUGACACUGAGUAACUGGUUGGAUGUGUGGACUACAAUAGAUGAUGAUGUACCUGUUGUUGAGCAUUUAACAGAUGAGCAGCUGAUAGCCCAGGUCCAGAACAAUAAAGUGGGAAGAGGAUGGGAAGUGGGGAACAAAAAAGAGAGGAAAAAGGGCUAUUAACUGUUGUAUUUGAAUGCGAUUUUGUGGAUGCAUGAACUUCCAACAUACUAAACAAAAUACAAAGUGAAGUAAUAAAUAAAUGUGAACAUUAUCUGUCUUGUAGUUUCCAAUAGGCAGGCUCAAAUGUAACUAUAUUUCAACAAAUGGAAUUUAAGAGUGCAGCCCCACUGAACGUUUGGUUCA